CAGAGUUUUUGGUUUGACAGUUUGGAGAGAUCUCGGCGGAAAAUUUUCCCUGAUCAAAUCCCGACGCAAAUCCCGUGCGAAAUCCCGUCAUCCAUUUCCCGAACUGUAAACUAGCCUUUAAGGCUAGUUUACAGUUCGGAAAACGUGUCACGGGAUUUGGGUCACUGUGUAUUUUAAAUGGAGCUCGGGAUUUCAAAUCCCGUGGCGGGAAAUGAGUCUACACAAAAGUGACAGUUUUUCUGAAGUGUAAACCCAACCGCGGGAUUUGCUCAGGGAAGUAAAACGAAUCUCUACACACUACUUUUUCGGCGGAAACAAAUCGUUUCAAAUUGUUCCCGAGCGGGAUUUGCAUCUGUUGCUGAUUAAAAAUAUUGUUGUUUUAAAGAUUGUUUAAAAUAUGUCUGAACCGGAAAAAUUGUAUACAGAGAUUGACUAUCUCGAGGUUGUCUAUGAUCAGGAGGAUGUUUUUUGUGAAGAACUAAAUCAGGAAGACAUUCUAGAACAGGAAAAUACGGAGCCACCGCCUAAAAAACGAAAACGUACAUUUAAACCAACAAAAAGAAACUAUGAGACUGAAAUUAAACUUGCUCUUUGUGCGGAAAUUCGAAAAUAUCCUUGUUUAUAUCAAAUAACAAACAAGGAUUAUUCGAACAAAAUCGCCAAAGAUGCUAUUUGGCAUCAAAUUAGCUCUACUGUCUCGUCAUCCUUGAAUAGAUCCGUCACCGUUCUAGAGUGCCGGAAACAUUGGGAUGCUUUGAGGGAAUCGACCAGAAUUUAUUUGGAUAAGGCAAAAAUUAAUAAGAUUGCGGAUAAAUCCGGUGCUCCAGCAGAUAUGUUGGAUCUUUAUCAGGCGGACGGAUCUCAACGUUUCGAUAUAUACCAAGAACGAUGGCCGUUGGCGGAAGCCAUGAGCUUCUUUUUGCCUUCCUGUGCGCGAAAUGCUUUUACGAUUUCUAUUGGGGACUGCAAUUCAAAGACAACUCUGAAGAAAUCCCUAGAGCUUGAAGAAGAAGUGUUAUUGGAAGAAAAUGAGAGCUUCACAGUUCCGGCGACUCCAACGAGCCGAAAUCGAAAUCGCUCUUACAAGAAUGGCAACUCCGACGAGCUCUUGGAUGAAACGUUGUGCUCAGUAGCGUCAUCGUUGUCCAAGCUUGUGGAUUCUAGGAGUUCCACUGAAGAUGGGACUCAACUGAAAUUUAAAGAAUUUCACGUUGAGUUAGAUAAAAUACUGCGUCAGAUGCCAUUCAUGCAUGGCAUGCAGUUUUGCAUGGAUAUGGUGAAACGAGCGAAUGAAACUAUAGACAAUCUAAAACACCCAUAGAAUGUGAAAAUUUAACAUUAUUAUCGUUUUUGCCUUGUGCUACACCGGUGUAGUGUAGUGAGAGAUAGGCUGAUUACACCCAAGUUAGAGUGAAGUGAGUGAAGUACCUACUACACCGGUGUAGUGCACUGUCAACAUGAAAAUGACAUAAAACAGCAAUAAACUGUGCACUGAAUUCUAUGAUUCGAAGGUUAUGAUUUUGCAACAAGUUAUCACAAAUUCAAACGACCAAGCAGGAAACAAUAUCCAAACUCACUAGUCAUCAAAGUCCUCAAGCAAACAGAAUGGUAUUGAAGAAGUCCAAUUUCAGUAUUUGAGCUAUUUAUUUAAGACGGACUGCUGGAGAUACCAUGACGAAAG